AUGACUAAUAAAAGUGUUGCUCGUUCAUGUGAUACAUUUGUUGUGUUACCACCAUUGACAGAUUCAAAUUUUCAUAUAUUUGGUAAAAAUUCUGAUCGACCAGCAAAUGAAGUUCAAGAAGUGAUAUUUGUUUCAAAAGAACAUACAACUGAAAAUAAAGAUCAUGUUCAUUGUACCUAUAUUCAAAUACCACAAGCUUGGACAACAUAUCGAUGUAUUUUGUCAAAACCUGCAUGGUGUUGGGGAGCUGAAAUGGGUGCAAAUGAACAUGGAGUAUGUAUUGGUAAUGAAGCUGUAUUUUCAAAAAUAUCUUAUCAUACACGACCUAUGUCAUUAACCGGUCUUGAUAUUGUUCGAUUAGCUUUAGAACGUGCUAAAACAGCCAAAUUAGCUGUUGAAAUAAUCGGUGACUUAAUAAUAAAAUAUGGUCAGGGUGGAUCAUGCUAUGAUCCCGUGUCUGGUUUUUCAUCAGGCUAUGAUAAUAGUUUUCUUGUCGUUGAUAGUGACGAAGCAUGGGUUGUUGAAACAUGUGAUCGUGUUUGGGUUGCUAAACAAAUUAAAGAAGGAUAUUACAACAUAUCAAAUGUAUAUACUAUUGAAGAUGAUUAUACAAUUCACUCAUAUAAUUUAGAAACUUUUGCUAAAGAAAAAAAAUUAUGGAAUGGAAAAGACAAAUUAAAUUUUGCUGAAACAUUUCAAACUUCAUCUCGUGGUGAUGGUCGAUUAAAAGCAGGACAAAAAUUACUUGAACAUUUAACUAGAAAUGGCAAUUUUUCAGUUUUUGAUAUGAUAUCAAUUUUACGUGAUGAUCAAUCGAGUAUAUGUAUGUUAGGUGAAGGUGAUGAUUGUAUUACAACAGGUUCACAAGUAUCUGUACUAUCACCAACAAAUAAAAAAACAUCUUCAAUAGAUGCAUGUCAUUUUUUUACUGGAACACCAAAUCCACAAACAUCAUUAUUUAAACCAUUUAUUUUCACAGAUAAAGUUGAAUUAGGUCCCUUAACAGUUUCAACACCAGCUGAAAUAACAUCACAUCGUAUUCAUCCAUUAUAUUCUGCACGUCAAAAAGCAUCACGUGAACAACUUGAAGACAAACGUUUAAAAGAUUUUGAACAUGAAGGUAUUAUGGAAAUUAUUGGUAAACUUAAAUCAUCGGAUGAAAAUAAUACUGAUACAUUUGAAACAUUAUUUCAUGAUACAGUUUCAGCUGAAAUUGAAUUACUUCGAGAGCAUCCACCAAAGAAACAUUGA